AUCUCAGCAGACUGUGUGGGAGCAGCUGAUAGAUCCAGGAGUCUGGGUGGGGCCAGAACCUCCAUGUAUUAUCAUCCAUCCAAACAUCCACAGGGUUCUAUGAGCCAAGUGCACGAGCUAUUUACUUUUUUUAAUUGAUUUUUAUUGAGCUCUACAUUUUUCUCUGCACCCCUCCCUGCCUCUCCCCUCCCCCUUCAAACCUCCCCCAAGGUCCCCAUGCUCCCAAUUUACUCUGGAGAUCUUUUCUACUUUCUACUUCCCAUGCAGAUUAGAUCCAUGUAAAUCUCUUUUAGUGUCCGCAUUGUUGUCUCAGUUCUCUGGGAUUGUGGUUUGUAGGCUGGCUUUCUUUGCUUUAUGUUUAAAAACCACCUAUGAGUGAGUACAUGUGAUAAUUGUCUUUCUGUGUCUGGGUUACCUCACUCAAAAUAAUUUUUCUAGCUCCAUUUUUCUGCAAAAUUCAAGCUGUCAUUUUUUUCUGCUGUGUAAAUGUACCACAUUUUCCUUAUCCAUUCUUCGGUCCAGGGGCAUAUAGGUUGUUUCCAGGUUCUGGCUAUGACAAACAAAGCUGCUAUGAACAUAGUUGAGCACAUGUCCUUGUGGCACGAUUGAGCAUCCUUUGGAUAUAUACCCAAAAGUAGUAUUACUGGGUCUUGAGGAAGGUUGUUUCCUAAUUUUCUGAGAAAUUGCCACACUGACAUCCAAAGGGGUUAUACCAGCUUGCAUUCCCACCAGCAAUGCAGAAGUGUUCCCCUUUCCCCACAACCUCUCCAGCAUAAGUUGUCAUGAGUGUUUUUGAUCUUGGCCAUUCUUUUCAGGUGUAAGAUGGAAGAGCUGUUUACCCUUAUGCCAUCCAUAGGGUUCUAUGAGCCAAGAGUAGGAGCUAUUUACUCUUAAGCUAAAGGAAUCUAUCAAGUUUCUGGACUAGUACUAGAAAGUUGUCAGUAGAGUUAUCAGAGCUGUGGUAAAGGCACUUGGGAGCCACAGGUUCAUCUAUCUGCUUUCUGUAGUAUGGAGCUGCGGGCCGUGUUCCCGCCCAGCUCCACACGGCUAGCUUUACCCAAAAUAAUUACAUGGAAACUACUCUUUUAAACAUUGCCUGGCCUAUUAGUUUCAGCCUCUUAUUGGGUAAUUCUCACAUCUUGCUUUAACCCAUAUUUAAUAAUCUGUGUAGCACCACAAGGUGUGGCUUACCAGGAAAGAUCUUAACCUGCGUCUGUUGGGUGGGAGAAUCAUGGCGACUCCUGACUCGGCUUCUUUCUCCCAGCAUUCUGUUCUGUUUACUCCACCUACCUAAUUUUCUGUCCUAUUAAAGGGCCAAGGCAGUCUCUUUAUUUAACCAAUGAAAUCAACACAAAACAGAAGACUCUCUCACAUCAGCUUUCCAAGACAAUGCUGCCUUCCCCAGCUACUCUAAUGCUGGUUUGUUGGCUCUGUGUCUGUCUGCUAUGUAGCUGGAGAACUGGACUUGCAGCUGAUGCUUUUGGCAGCUGAGGAGCCCUGAAGGCUGGGCUGGACUUGGUGUCGGGUUGGAUUAAGUGUCUUAGCUGGCCUCUAGCAAGAUGUUUUCAGUGUGAGAACAGAGAGUAAGAUAGCAUUGCUGCUUGAGACGUGUCCCUUGGUAGGUCAAGCUGGAUCUCUUAUGAACUAAACAGCCCAUCCAUCUGAGCAAGAAUAUGCUGCUACUGCCGAAACUGAAGAGUCCCCAUCUUGAAGAGGUGAAAUUAACCCCCAGGUGAAUGAGGCCAUAGCCAGCCCUUCCCUACACAGCACUGAAGACUGACACAAAGGAAUGAGGUAGCAUCCUGUCGUGGAAAGUUGGAUGAAGAAGCACAAUGCUUCCUGGGAGGACAGAGUUAGAGGACAUGCUGGGACAUUACAGUUCCUGCUGUGUGCAGUGGUAGUCACUGGUCUCCCUUGGGUGACUAGUCCAGAAUCAGGGUGGGUGGCUCUGAGCCUUACAUGGCAGAGGAGGAACUGUGGGCCUGGGAAGUGCUAUAGUGGCUGAUGGUAUGGAAACUCUAUGGACAUCAGUUUCAGUGCUUCAUGUUGUUCUGGGACUCUACCAGGGUGUUGUGCAAGCCAUAGUAGUCAUGUUGAAUUUUUGCCAAGAUGGGAGUCAGAAUGGAGUGCACUGGGAUAAGAUUCAAGCCCCAGAGGGUGACCACAUUUGGAAUAGGGGAGGGGACAUGAGAUGGUACCCACACACUUUUUUGUUAAAGAUGCCUCCUGGGCAACAAAACUUUUCUGGGAGGCCAGGUGUUCAGAGUGAUGGACAGCAGGGAUCCAGUUCCUCUUUACUGCCUCAGGACUGUCCAUGGACAGCACUGUCAUGGCAGGUGGCCUGCAGGAGCCAGAGGGCCAGAAGUGAUGCUUGAGGUUAUUCUUCUUAGCCUGGAUCAUGGAGUUGCAGGGUCCAGGCAUCCUAAGUUCAGGAUUUGGAAGGGGACUAAGGUUAGACCUGCCUGUGGUGGGGACCAAGCAGCAUGGGUCUUCCCAACUCCUUGCCCACUCUUGCUCCCAUACCUAAGGUAAGCCCCACCCCUAAAAUUGCUCCCCAUGCUGUUCUGGGGGCUGGGCUGGAACCGGACAUCAUGGGACAGCUGUACAUCCAGGAUUAGAAACCAGGAUCCACACAUCCAGGCCAUCGACUCAGGCUCCUCCCGCAGCAACAUGUGCCCAGUGAUUUGGAGGGUGCUAAGCCAUAGUUACAGCAACUCCAGCAUCUUCAUGAAGGGCUCCUCUUACUGUCGUUAUUUUUUUCUUAGCAUCUGCUUCUUAUAGGCCCAUUAUGUGUCUGUCAGCUCCAUGGGGCUAGUGAGGCUGAAGAGGAGGUCUUUGUCCUCCUGGCACAGAAAACACUUUGGGACCUGUGCAAGGGUUUCUGUCCCCAGAGCCAUCCCCCUUCAUUGGGAUCCUGA